AUGGAUAUAGAUGCUCAUAAUGCAUAAAUCAAUGAACUAAAUGAUGCCAAAAUUUAAUAAAUUAAGGCAUAAAGUAAACUCUUUGGAGGAAUUAUUAAAAAAGGAGAUCCUCUUUACAAAAAUAUAAUUAAUGUAAUAUUGUUUGCUUUACUUUUUCCUUGCAUGAUUAUUUUUGAAUUAGCGAUUGGAAUAAAAAAUUUAUCAAUUUACAUUUGGAAAUCUCUUAUCUCAUUUAUAGAUUUCACUGUCAUUGCAUAUGGAAAGACAAAAUAAUACAUUAUUGUAAAUUAUUAUUUUGUCUAAAAUUGGAUAUAUAUAAAAUGCUCAUUAUUAAUUGCAAAGUUGUGGGAUUGUCUAAAUACAUCUUUAGAAUUCCUUACUUAGAAAUAUUAAUAAGUGAAACUAUUAAUCAUUUACUUUUUUAUAGCCUUUGUUAUAAAAUAUGUUAUUAUCAUAGAUUAAUGGAUAAAAUUGAAAUCAAUAGCUCUAUUUACAUUUUGUGAUUAUUGGUACAAAAAAAUAUCAAAUUAUAUCAAGAUACAAGUUUUAACAUUAACUAGAGUAAUAAAAAAAAUAUUCAAAUUCAUAAUUUUUAAAAUAAAAUGCUUCAUAUUAAUAAUCUUUAAGGCAAUUAAAAGAUUAACAAUAUAUCUAAAAGAAAAGAUAAUAUAGUUUUUAUCUUAUGUUUAAUAAAUACUUUAAAAGAUAUCAAAAUUCUUUAAUGAAUAUGUAUUCAUACCAUUAAAGAACAAAAUUGUAAACCUUAGUUAUUAUUUGUUCAUAUAAUUUUGUCAUUAUAUGAUUAAAAUAUAUCAUGGAUCUAAUUAUUAUGGUUGUUUAAUCUUAAACUAUUUGGAAAGGAAAUUUUUAUAAUUUUUGGAUUGGAUUCAUGUUUAAAUUAAAUUAUUAAUAAGAUGUAUGAAGUAUCUUAAAAACAAAUUAAUCGAUUUUUUCCUUCUCUUAAUAGAUUUCCUUUUAGGAAAAUACAAAUAAUUAAAACAAAAUGUAAUCUCACCUGUCAGUCUCAAGUUAAAAGAAGUAUCAAAAAAAAUAAAAAAUUUAAUUAUUGAUAUAACUUUAAAGUGUAUCGAUCUCAUUAAAUUGGCAUUAAUUUAUUUGAGAGAUGAAGUCAUUAUUAAGUUAAAAGUAAAAUUAUAGAAUAUUUAUAAAAAUGGAUCGAAAGUAUCAUUUAAAGUAUUUAAGUUACUUUAGAAAAGAGGAAAAAUGCUGUCUUUGAAAGCCAAAUAAAUCUAUAAUAAAAUGAGGGAGAAUAGUGCUAAAAGAUAUUAAAAAUUUGUUUUGAAGAUGAAUCGUCUCUAAGAAAAGAUGAAAAGAAUAGCUUAGAUAAUAUUAUAAAACAUAAAAAUAGCCUUUAAUUACAUCAAGAAACUUUUAAAAUUAGGUGGAUAAUUAAUUAAUAGAUUUGUAAAAUUGUUAUUUAAAUCUAUGAAGAACUUUAUAAAAUGGAUAAUAGAAUUACAAUGUAAGAUUAUUGUAAAAUUUAUAAUUGCAUUUAGGAUACUCAAUCCAAUUAUAUGGUUAAUAGAAAAAAUUUUUGAAAUAUUUUUCAAUAUCAUCUCAUACCCUUAUAUACAAUUAAACAAAAUUAUUAAUUUAGGAAUUGAUUUUAUUAUGUAUGUAAUACCUAAUAAGUUAUAUAAUGGUAUUGUUUAUAUAAUUGAGAAACUCAUUUAAUUGUUUAUAAAAAUAGAAAGAUUCAUAAAUAUUGUUAUUAAAUAAUCUAAGAAGAUAAUUACAAUUAUAAAUUCAAAAAUCAUAUAGCCAAUUGUUAGAACUAGUAUCUAUUUAUAUAGUAUCAUGAAAAAAGUAGUUUUAAUUAUUGUCUAAUCAUUAAUCAAUUUCAAAGAUAUGAUUAAAUAUGAUUAUGUAUUACCUGCUUGGGCAAGUAUAAGAUUAUUUGCAGUAAAAAUUAGAGAUAGUUACCUUAAAAUCAAAUAAAAAGUAAUAUUAAUAAUAAAUUAUGGAAUUUAUAAAUUAAAAUUGGCAUAUCUAUUUUUGAGAGAGUCAAUCCUAUUUGUUAAGACUAAAAUCACAAAUUUUAUUAAAUUAUUAAUAAAAUUUAUUAAGGCAUAAAUUUAAUUACUUUGGUAGUAGAUUAAAUAUGUUUAUGGAAUAAUGAUUGGUCCUUUAAUAUAGUUUAAGAAUUAUAUAAUCUAAGCAUUCCUAUCUUUUAAAUAAAUAAUUUCCAAUUAUAUUGUCAUUUUGAGAGAUAUUAUAGUAGGUCAAUGUAUAAUAGUCAAAUAAGCAACAUUAGCUAUUUUAAAUAAAAUGAAAGAACUCUUAAAUAAAAUAAAAUAAUCUAUGAUUGAUUAAUUGAAUGCUAUUAAGAUUAUACUUAACAAUAUUUAUGAUUCAUUAAAGCUUAGUUUAAUUUCAAUAAAAAAUUAAAUUAAUUAAUAAAUGGAUUCAAUUAAAUAAAGUCUAAUUUAAUAGAAGAAUGCAAUUGCAGAACAAUUUAGAAUAAUUAGAUAGAAUAUUAGAAUGUAAGGAGUUUAAGUUAAGGAAAGUAUUAUAAAUAUAAGAAAUAAUAUAAUUUAGACAAUAAAAAUAAUGUUUAAAAGAGGAUGA